AUCCCGAUACUCGACGGUUUCCAUAUGCCUGUGCAACCCGCUGAAGAACUGGACUCACUGAUCCCGAUACUCGACGGUUUCCAUAUGCCUGUGCAACCCGCUGAAGAACUGGACUGGUCACAUGCACCUUCUUGUGCGUUUCCGGAUCCAUUCGGUUCCAUUGAUGACUUCAUUAUAGAAGACGAGUACGAGGAAGACAGCAUCGAAGAUAUUAUUGGCGCUUUGGAUAACAUUAUUCUAGCGCGGCCUCGAUCGGAAGUAGAACUUAAAAUUGAAGGCUGCCAAUUUAUUGACGUCGAUAUAUAUACAUUUGCCGUAACGAACGACGCAGCCUUUAUGUCGGAUGAUUCGUCAGACGAAGAUCAAAGCACACCUGAUUGCAGCUCCGAUGAGGAAUCUUCUUAAACUAAAGAAUAGAUCUUUAGUUUAAGAAGAAUGAAUUUUUAACUACCUAAAAUGCCAAAUUAAAUAAGUCGUUAAAUAAGUAAUUUAUUGCCAGCACAAUAGAUAUGAUAUUAGAUUACUUCAAACGGAUAAGGGCCUGUAUUAAUAGACAUUACUCAACUUAGGGGCACAUACACAUGAGUACCUACACUGUCGAUUUCCUCAUAAUGUAAUGAACAUCACAAUAAUUUGAUCUUUAAUGGCUUGAACUUCAAGAUCGAUAUUGACGUACUUCUAUAAAUACGGUCCGUAGAUCCUUUUAAUAUAAAAAUAUAUAGUUUUAUGUUAGUUUAGUUUUUAUUAAUGUAUUUUUAAGCCGAAAUUUGCAGCAACUGACUUAAUGGAUUUUCUAUUUACCUAUAUGUGAGGAGUUAAAUUGAUUAUUUUUAUAGAAAAAAAUACGUCUACACAGAAAUAUCUACCUAUUUAACACAUUAAAUGAUUAGGAGUAUGAUAUUUGAAUAUUUAAGACAUUUUUUUGACAUCGAAAUGGGAUAUAUUUUUUGGUAAUUAUGUUUC